AUGAGGGGACCCAAGGGGAAAGCAGGGGGAGCAGGAGGACCAGGGAACCCAGGCCUGCCCGGCCUCCCAGGGGUGGAUGGAUUGACAGGUGCUGAUGGGCCUGCAGGGAAGGACGGUCCUCCAGGGGAGUUGGGCGAAGCUGGACCUCCCGGGCCAGGUGGACCUCCUGGCAGAGGGAGACCGGGAGCUCCAGGGCCACCAGGAGCCAAUGGGCUUGCGGGCGGAAUCGGGCCACAGGGACCAGCAGGCCCUGAGGGUCUUGCAGGAUUGGCUGGGCCACCCGGCCCUGACGGACCCCCAGGUCUUCCUGGGGCCCUCCCUGAUGGCAGUGGAGAUCUGUUGUGUCCUGCCAUCUGCCCUCCUGGCCCCUCCGGCCCUCCAGGAAUGCCUGGAUUCAAGGGUCACACAGGACACAAAGGAGACAAGGGAGAGCUCGGGAAAGAUGGAGAGAAGGGUUAUGCUGGCCCAUCUGGUCCUCCGGGUACUCCCGGCACUGUGGGCCUGCAGGGUCCUCGUGGUUUGAGGGGACUUCAGGGCCCGAUGGGUGCAGUAGGUGACAGAGGUUUACCUGGUUUCCGAGGCAAACCUGGUAUUGCUGGCAUCAUCGGCAAGACAGGUGAUGUUGGAGAGAAAGGACCAGAGGGAUUUAGAGGGCCAAAGGGCGAGAUUGGCAAAAUUGGUCCAAAGGGAGUUCCCGGGGGAGCAGGACCCAAAGGGGAGCCUGGCAUCCCUGGCAGAGACGGGAAAGAUGGCACCCAGGGACUGGACGGCGAGAAGGGCGACGCCGGACGGAAUGGGGUACCCGGUGAGAAAGGACCCAACGGCCUUCCUGGUUUACAAGGAAAGGCUGGCUCAAAGGGAGCCACAGGAGGAGUUGGCAACCCAGGAGAGAUGGGAGAGGCAGGGCCGUCUGGAGAGCCAGGUAUUCCUGGCGACAUCGGUAUCCCAGGAGAGAGGGGCGAGGCGGGAACCAGAGGAGUGGCUGGGGGCAUCGGACCAGUGGGCAACAUCGGGGUUCAGGGCAGCAAAGGCUUCCAGGGAAUAAAGGGGUCUCUGGGGGACCCUGGCCUUCCCGGACCAACCGGAAUCCGUGGCGGAUUUGGGGAAAGGGGUCCAGUCGGAGCAUCAGGCCCUAAAGGAGACGUGGGUGUGGCAGGAGCUGAUGGUUUGCCCGGGGAGAAUGGAGAACCUGGUCCAUUCGGUCCAGUUGGCCAAAAAGGAGAGUCUGGGAAGCGUGGAGAGCUGGGACCCAAGGGCGUGGUGGGACCACAGGGAGAGCUCGGAGCCAGAGGGGUUCCUGGGAAACCAGGUCUCAUGGGCUUUCAGGGUGAACAGGGUCUGUCCGGAAUCGCUGGCAAGAUUGGUGUUCCCGGUAAACUGGCAAGCGAACAGCACAUCAGAGAAUUGUGUGGAUCUAUGAUUGAUGAUCAGAUUGCAAAGCUGGCUUCCAACCUCAGAAGACCCCUGUCCCCUGGCCAAGUGGGUCGCCCCGGCAUUACCGGACCUCCGGGGAAGCCAGGCGAGACUGGGUCUAUCGGUCACCCCGGCUCCCGUGGACCUCCUGGCUACAGAGGACUGCCUGGAGACCUGGGAGACCCCGGUCCCAGAGGUGAUCUUGGUGAACAGGGUGACAAGGGACCCAUUGGAAAAGCCAUCGAAGGGCCUGUUGGAGACCAAGGAUACCAAGGUAUCCCAGGAGUAUUUGGAAUCGUCAAAGACGGGCGUGAUGGAUCCCCAGGAGAUCCAGGAGAACCCGGAGAGGCAGGUAGGACAGGAAGGACCGGGCACUCGGGCUCCCCAGGAAUCUGCGACACUACCGCCUGCCAGGGGGCAAAUGUCCAUGCGAAAACCUCCAAUCCCAAGAACCAUUAAACAUUACUUCCCUCAUCCCGGAACUAGCCACCCAUGGGAGGAGAAAAUAUGAGGAAGAGAUGGAGGAGUGGAGAGGAGAGGAGAGGAGACAGACGAGUCACAUAAUGUCCUCUUUAAAUGUAUUUAAAACAAGACGGGAACAGUAGCAACAGAUUUAUUUUGAGGAAGAGAAGAACAUCCCAAGAGUGUUAAAAGAAGGAAAACAGCAGUUUGGGAAAACAAAGAAACAAACUGAGACUAAAAAUCUAGACUCCACCCAUCCAUGAAGUGGACAAAGCUGAGUAAACAUUUCACAAGAGAGUUAGAAAACACCAGCAUUGCUCCAAAUACCAUCAAAAGUGAAUAACAUUUUUUUUUUUAAUUAACAACUGAAAACAACUUUACUGGAAAAGUGCUUAUAGGCCAUUAUUUUUCAAAAUCAUUUGUGUGUAAAAGUAUGUACUUAUGUUCUUUCACUCCCUAAACAUCUUGUGUCACAUACCCCUCUAUGGAAGGUAACUCUCCAAAACACUACAACCGUGAUUGUCCUUGCAGUGAAUGUGUAUGUGUCAAGGUCCUUUCUGCAUAGACCGCGGGUGUUACCUCACAAGACAAGCUUAUGAUAUUGUAAAAUAGGAAGAUAUGUGCCAGUGAGCAAAGUGAAGUCUGCCAAGGAGCUUUGUGUGUAUCGCAAACAGGCAAUGAAGAAACCUAAGUGCCCAGAUAUUUUGUAUGUUGAUGCAACCACAGUAUUUUCCAACUCUUGAUAGAUUCAUUUUUUUUAAUCAAGUUUGUAAAAAUUUUUUUGUCAAUUUCCUUUUUUUGUCUUUCGUUUCACUUUUCACGAUUACAUGUUUGAUUUUAAAAUCUCCCCUUCCAAUAUGUUUUGAAAAUAAAUACAGUUGUGGAUGCAUCAGAAAUUGUAAUUGUAGAAUAACACAAUUUGUGUUCUUUAUCUUUUUAAUUUUGCAAUGACCACAUCCACUAUAUACCGGUACUGUAUCUAUUAAAUAUACAUGACUUUAAAUACUAUUUAUUAUUUGUGGGUGACUGUUGUAUGUACAGUAAGAUGCUACAGCACCAUGUAAGAAAUAACAAAUAAAGCCACUUUUCAGUAAAACAUUACUCUUUUCUACAUACAGUGCCUUGCAAAAGUAUUCAUCCCCCUUGGCAUUUUUCUUAUUUUGUUGCAUUACAACCUGUAACUUAAAUUAAUUUUCAUUUGGAUUUC